GCUUCACAUUUAGGCCAUCUAAUAUAAUUGAUUUACAGCACAACUUCCCUGACAACUUAUAAACUGACUGUAUUUACAUAUGUGGGAUGGAAAUUUUUCCAUGGAAAAAUAGAGCAUCAGAAGAUUUUCUGUGCUGGAGUUUUUUCUGCUUUACACCACUGUAUGUUCUUUUGUUGGGCCUGAGUCUGUUGCUCAUCCAUUUAUUUGGGUCUGUGAAAGUUCUAGUAUUUGCAGGGAAGGAGAAGCAUUUCCAUCUACUCGCUCUGCACUCUGCACAAUUUUAUAAACCCCUCUUUUGUCCCGCCCCCCCCAGUACUCAUUUUUCUAAUUUGAAAAGUCCUAGACUCCUUUUUUUUUUCAGGGGGGGGGAUCUUUGGUCUCCUUUUUCCAGCUCUGCGAUAUUCUUUUUGAGACUGGGGCAACCAGAACAGCCCACAGUCUUCCGAAUUCCUGCUUCAGAGAGGGCUGGCCCUGUGCAGUCACAACAUCCACACUGGCUGGGCUUUCAGAAAGUGCCGUAAGAGAGAAGGACGGUUCAGAUGGUCACACCCGCAAGGUGAACACCCCACCUGCCUUUUAGGUUGCUGAGGUGAAACAUGUCCUUCCCUCAUUGGAGACCUGUGCCAGGAAAUGCCUACAGGGAGUGCAGGCCAGCCGGUGAUGCUUGAGCCCCUCCUGGACUGCGACUCCCUGGAGGAGCCCUCUGAGAAUCUGCAAGGAGCUGGUGGAGGUGGUGAUGGAGAACUACGAGCUGGUCACUUCUUUGGGCUACCCAGUUCUCAAACCUGAUCUCCUGUCUCGGAUUGAGCGUGCUGGAGAGCCAUGUCUUGGUGAUCAACUGGACUCUGCCAGAGGUAUUCCACAAGACCCCUGCGCAGGCUACCGGUUUUUCAAACCUGAAGGCUUGUCUUGGAUCGAGCGGUGGGAAGAGCUCGGUAUUGCAGACCGUCAGAAGGUAGAGGAAGGCAAGCUGUGCUCUGGCUCCUGCCAAGGAGCAGCGGGGCGUGGCAAGACAAUCAAAGAAGAGGAAGGUGGCCAGAAGGGCUUUGCAGCCAGCCUAGAGCGCUACCAGCUCUUCCCUGACAGCUCUCGAGCAGGGCUUUUCCUGACCCCCAACACUACCCAGCUGAGAGCCCAGCCGCGUGUCAAGAAAGAAGAGGUGGCCUCGUGUGAGCCAGGCCUCUGUGGUCCUGGCCGCCCAUCCCAGGGGCUGGGGUCGGGGCCUUUUGCCUGCGUUGUGUGUGGGAAGUGCUUCCGGCAGAAGCAAGGCCUCAUCACGCAUGGGCGGAUCCACACUGGGGAAAAGCCCUACCCGUGCCUGGAGUGUGGCAAGCGUUUCCGACAGCGCCCCAACCUGUUAACCCACCAGCGGGUACACACGGGUGAACGCCCCUUCCCUUGCCUGCGCUGUGGGAAGCGCUUCAGCCAGAAGGCCAACCUGGCGGCACACCAGCGCACCCAUGCAGUCCAGGAAGGACUCAUCAGCCCUGAGCCAAAGGCCCCUGUGCAGCGGGGGAACCGCCAGGCAGAAAAGCCCUUCCCUUGCAACGUGUGUGGGAAAAGCUUCAGCCAGCGGCCCAACCUGAUCACCCACCAGCGCAUCCACACUGGCGAGAAGCCAUUUGCCUGCACAGAGUGCGGAAAGCGCUUCAACCAGCGGGCCAACCUGAUCACCCACCGGCGCAUCCACUCGGGGGAGCGGCCCUUCCCUUGCGCCACCUGCGGCAGGCGCUUCAGCCAGAAGGGCAACCUGGCGGCACACCAGCGCACCCACUCACAGCAGCGCCCCCACGCCUGCACCUGCUGCCCCAAGCGCUUCAAGGGGGAGUCGGCUCUACGUGCGCAUCAGAGAACCCACCGGCAGGUCUUGGGCACAGACCCCCUGCCCAGCACCCUCCUGGCAGCUCCCAGCCUCCAGCAGGCGCUCUCUGGGGAUCCUGCAUCGGUCACGCACCGGGCAACUCCAGCCCCUCGCCAGGAUCUGUCUGGGGAUCCCACACCAGGCAUCCACCGGGCAACUCCGUCUGGGCCGCACGGUCCCCCCCAUGGGCAGAAUCUCCCUGGAGACCCUCCUCCAGGUCCACAUGCCACAGGUCCGUCUGGGCACCUCCAGGGAGUCACGCCUGGCUCAGAACAAGGGCCGAAGCUUAGUGCCCCGCCCCCUGUGAUGGAUCCUCAUGCGGAGAUGCUUCAUUGCCAACGCCGGCUGGGCCUGCCUGGGCUCCCCACGUCCAGUGCCCACCCUGUGGUCCCCAUGGGGCAAUCCCAGCCAGUGACUGCCAAGCAGAAGACCCUUGCCGGCCCUCGCUCCGCUGCAGUUGAUGCCUCCAGUGAGAUGCUGCAUUGCCUGUGCCAUGCCAGCAGGGCCUCCUUGGUCAUUCCUCACCCGCCACAUCUGGGGCAGCUCCAGGCAGGGAGCAGAGACACCCCUGGCCGAGCCUGGCUGGGGAUUCCCUGCCCUGCACGUACCCUUCAGCUCCAGCAGGGGAGCCAGAGCCACCCAGCAGCCCCCAACCCGAGACUGUGCUCCAUUCCAGACUCCUUGCGAUAGCUUCCCCCAAAGAUGGGCACUGUGCAAGCACAGACUGUGAGAAGGUGGGGCAGUGGGGCUCAUGCAUGUAUCGUGGACAGAAGUCCCCCUUCCAACCUGCAGCAACCCCCCAUUGGGACUCAUUGGAACCCCUCUCUGCUCCUGCAUCUCCUGGCCUGGGUCUGGUGUGGCCAUUUGGGGUAGCCAUCUGGAAAGAUACAUUUAUGCAGAAGCACCAAGUGCAGAGUGGGUGUCUCCCUCAAGAAGCUUGCGCAUGAGGAGCAUUGUGCCAAGUAUGUGGCUUCACCUCACUGAUUCCCUCCUCCCUGCUCCAAUGUUAUUUGUCCCCAUGACCAGCAGCACAAGGCCGGCUUCCUACACCCAGCAGCUCCUCGUUCGUCUGCCCUGCAAAUCUGUCUCCGCCACCACAAGAGAAAGCAAACCGGAAGUAGGCAGGGGAGUGGCAGGGCAGUAGCAUUGCAAGGGUGUCUGCGUCGAGUCCUUUGCUUCCACAGAAGAGGUGGCUUUGGUGGACAACCGGUCUCCCCCUGCACCUGCUGCUUCCUGGGCUUGUAUUUGGUUGGCUCUAGAGCCUGCUGGUGCAGCAGAGACAGUGCCAGCUCUUGGCUAGAAGCCAGCUGGUUGCCAGAGGCUAUAGAGGCACUUGGGGCUUGGCACACAGCGAGCUUCUGGAAUUUCCCAGCCUUCAGGAACAACUUCCUGUGUCUUUGAGGCCUUUGCACGUCUCUGCGAGCUGUGCACGUGUUUGAAUAACUUAAGCUGUCAGUCUUCUGCAGCCCCCCUCCAGCGCAUCUUCCUAGUGUGCUUGUACAAGAGCGGAUCUGACUGGGGGGGGGGGGGCUUUGCAGCUGGAGCCAAAUGCGGGGCGCUGCAGAAGCAUCACUGCUAGCUGAGACUGAGGCGCCAUGGUGAGCAAGGCAGGGCCCAUCAGUCUUUUCUGCCUGGAACUCCAGGGGGUGCAUAGCGGACUCCUGUCUGUUAGAAGGAAGAAGGCCCUCCUGCCUCGCUUGAAGUAGGGAACAGCCAGGGACUGGAUGCUUCGAAAGCAGCGGGUAGAACUGCCUGGCCCCUGCAGUGGGCUGCGUAGGCCUGAGCUCCUAGAGCUGAUGGUGAGGCAAGAAGCUUGGCCUGACAGAGGAGAGGAUGAGAGGGGAGUGGCCCUCCAGCCAACCACAUGGCGCUCAGCGCGGAGGUGGAGCCUGGAGGCCCGCAGGGCAUGGGUGGAACCUAGGGGCCCCGGGCCGUCUCUGCUCAGCAGUGCAGAAAUGCCCCUGGCAUGCCUCUUGCUCUCCGAAGCCCACGUUCGGCAGGCAGCCUGGAACCGUGAGGUGUGGAUGCAUUGACCAAAGAGGAGGGUGUACAGACGGGCCCAGGAAGCCGUGGCUGGCAGGAGCGCCCUCUGGCCAUUCCUCCGCAGGAGCUGGCUGGGGGAGAGGCAGGGGCCUGAGGCCAUCGCGGAUGCACUUUACAAAGGACCCCGUGCUGACCCUUCCCUCUUUACCGUGGAUGUUGCGGCCCCCUCCCCGCUCCCCCGUUUGAUUCCAGUCUGAAGGUUCUGUCUUAGUGGGUAGAUUCUCUCUUGGUGUAGUGGGCUGUUCAAUCUGGGUGGCUGCAGGAGUACCAAGAGGAGGCUGGGGCCUCUUGCCGGUAGAACAGCCGCCGACCACCCCCACCCCCGGCCAGUUUGCUGGGGGAGUCUGUGCCUUAAGAUCUCCGAUUCUGGGUGGCGUUGGGUUCCAGAAGGUUGAGGAGCUUGCUUUUGAAACUGUGAAUGGAAGUUGUGGUGGGGUGUUGUUGACUGCAAAUUGAUGUGGUGCUCAAGGGCCUGGGGUGGGCACUCCAAAGUGAGGAGGGCUGCAGACCUCCCCAGAGGACAGGAUGGCAGUCAGAGAGAGGCACAUUAGCUGACCCAGGGGGCUGCUGUACGCGAGAAGGGUGAGGCGAAACAGGAUCUUGGGCAGGCAGCCCCCUGGCAUGCUGCUCAGGCAUCCCCAGCUCCUCGAUUCUGGGCCUUCCGUUGGUGGCUUCGUCUUAACAGUGUCUUGUCUUCACACUUGGCCUCUUGGAGACUUCAGGAAGGCGGAGGUCAAGGUGGUGCCCCAAGCGCUGACUUGAGGACUCUUUCAUCAUCAGGAAGGUGGCAAUCCCAGCAUCUCCUGGUGUCGGGCCCUUUCCUCAUGACCAGGGUGAAAGAAGGAACUGUUCUGUGCAGGCCCGCAGCGUAUGGUGAAGUCCAUUUGGCAGCAGAGAGCGGGAAAGCUGUGUACCCAAAUGCAUGCAUGUGCGGAGCAUUAGUGGUCAGUGCAGAGGCGGCCAGGAUGUCUGGUUGUGUUGAAGGCAGUGAGAUGAUGCCGUUCGUGGACCAUCUUGCUGGGGGGGACAGAAAAGCCAACUUCUGAAGAGCUGUGAAGCCAGAGAGAGCUUGUUCCACUGUUCAUCGAGUCAGUGGGUGCUGUGCUGGGGCACAGGGGAGAUGAAGGCUGAGAUUCCCAGGGACAAUGGAACUGCCUUGGCUGCUGGCACCCUUUCUGGAGGGAGCAGGCGGUUUGGGCUCUGCAGGGAACAGCUGCACGAAGGAAGAAAAAAAAGCAGUGGGUCAGAAAGGAAAGGGGGGUGGUGUAAGAGACCUUUUGGGGUGGCAGGCGUGGUUGGUCCAGGGGAGCCCCGUUUGUGCUGCUAACAGAGUCGUCCCGCCUGCAUGCAGACACACCGAUCACUCUGACAAAGACAGGAGAGCAAGGAGGGGAGGGGAGGCAAGGGGCGAGGCAGCUGGGGGAGGGGGGCAGCAGGGUUUUCUUGCAGCUUCUCUUGGGACUCCCCCAGAUGUCCCUCUGUCUGCACCUACUCACACCUCUCGGGAGAAGUGAGGGCUAGAAAUGGGCACUUCAAUCAGUGUGUGCCCAGAGCAGAGAUGGAAAAGAGUGUAGCAGCACCUUUAAGACUAACCAGCUUAUUUGUAGCAUAAGCUUUCAAGAACCACAGCUCUCUUCGCCAGAGCAGAGAUGCUCAGCUUGCCCACCCAGCAGGCAGGAUGGCAGUACUUGAUUGCACAUUCCAGCGUGAGGCCUGUUGGGAGGAAGGCUUCCUUUGGCUGGGCAGUGUGUGCAGGCUGCUUCGGGUCAGGUGAAGGCCGUUAGGCUCUGGGCCCAGGAGUUAGGAAGGGGCCAAAAAGCUACAGUCUGCUCUCCCGCUGCUUUUCUGAAAUGCCCUUGCCGUCUGUCCGUAGUCCAGACUACUUGGAUGAUAUUCAGAGCCUCGGCGUGCAAGUAACUUUCCCUGAAGAGCCAGUCGCCUGGAUGUGGCUGAGCUGCUGGCUCCCCUCCAGCCUGAAAGCUCUUCAUGGGCAGCAGGCAGGGAAUGUGAGUCUCCUGUUGAGGAUGAAUGGGCCUGGGACACAACGUGUGUGGAAGGUCUGCUGGUAGCGUGGUGCUUCGUUGGGGUGCAUACAGGCCAAAUCUCGCUGUGUCCCUGAAGGAGGAGCCAGGUAAUUCCACUUCUCCUGGACCAGGUAAGCUCCAGUGCGCUAGGCCUGCGUGCCACCCAUUUCUCCCCACAAUGGGGAGGGGGCAAGGUUAGAACGACUGUUGUGGCCCCAAGGCUGUGCCAUCCCUUCUUCCAGCUCCGGUGGAAAGGCUAGGCAAACACAAUGGCUGUUCCCGUCAAUGAUCAGCAGAGGCAGGGGAGAAGCCUCACGGGAAACGCAA